AUGCUCAUAUCCUUCCAGAGUGGAGUUGAUUCACCGAGUUAUGGUGCUGCUAUUGAUGAUGAGAGUGAUAAUGUUGAUACUGAGAAUGCUCAUAUCCUCCAGAGUGGAGUUGAUUCACCAAGUCAUGGUGCUGCUAUUGAUGAUGAGAGUGAUGAUGCUGAUAGCAUCCAGGAUAAUGAUCAAAGUGCUGGAGAGCAGGGUACAUUGACAUUCCCAGACUUGGAGUAUGAUAUUCUGGAUGAUUCACCCAGCCAUAAUGCUGCUGUUGAUGAUGAGAGUGAUGAUGCUGAUAGCAACCAGGAUGAUCCAGCCAGCUAUGGUGCUGAUGCUGACUUGGAUGAUGAGAAUCCUCAUAUACUCCACAGUAAUAGUACUGUUGCCAACUAUCCUCCUAUUCAAAGGGACCUGCAAGCAAAACUCUUAGAUGGAUACAAGUGUCCAGUUGUUCCCCCAUCCUCUGUUUCAGAGCCAAGCAGCCUAACAGAUUUAGAGAUCCACAGCCUCAAACACUACAUUGCAUGGAAGAAAUCAAAUGGUACUGUCAAGGCACAUGAACUGCAUGCACAGGUAUUACAACAAGCUACUCAGUUAGACAUACUGUCACUAUAUGCUGUUCGCAAGCUGGCCAGAUCUCUGGCCAAGGUUGAGCCUGUAAAGAUUGAUAUGUGCCCAAGGAGCUGUAUUGCAUAUACAGGGGACUUCAAGGACUUGAAACCUUGUCCUCACACUAUAAAGGGCCGGAUUGCAUGUGGAGAGAAGCGCUACACUGCUGGAUCUAAACCUAAGCCCAGAGCACAAAUGCUAUAUGUAUCUUUUAUCUCAAUCAUUCAAGCAAUGUUUGCAAACAAGCAAUCAUCACAACUCCUGUGA